ACCAAACUAAGAGUAUCCCACAAUUUGUGCUUACUCUCUCUCUCACUACCAGACAAUGUUUCACAACCUAUGGAUACUACUCCCACCAAACAACAACAUCUGAGAAAACAAAACCAACAACAUCUCAAACAUUCUACCUCGUUCUUCUGUCUCAGAACCUCCACAAACCCAAACCCAUUUUCCAUUCUUCUUUUCUGGCUUUCCAAAUCCCUCAAAAGCUUCUGUUUCAGAGUCCAUCUCUCACACUCCUCGCAAGGGUUUUGUUUCAAAAAGAUCCACUAUCAUCAUCAUCAUGGUAUGGUGAUUAACUCAACUCUCAUAUAUGCAAUGGAGGAUUCGAGUUUAUCUGAAAAUGUGGGUUCUUGUAAAAAAGGAACCUUUUCUGAUUUGAUUGAGGAAAAGGGUUGUUGUGAGAGUAGUUCAAGUUCUGAUCUUUUGUCAUCUGAGAAUAUUGGUAAUGAGGAAGAACAUAGUCAGAGUAGUAGUACUGACGAAGAUUCAUCUUCACCACCUUCAUGUAAUAGUCCUCAUGGAAGUGAAGAUGGUAAGAAGAAACAUUUGGUGGAAAAGGAAUUUGUGAAACAAGUUUCAGCAUUACCAGAAAUUGAGAUGAUGAAGGAGAGGUUUGCAAAAUUGUUACUUGGUGAAGAUAUGUCAGGUUGUGGAAAUGGGGUCCCUACAGCAUUGGCUAUCUCAAAUGCAAUAACUAAUCUAUGUGCUACCCUAUUUGGCCAACUUUGGAGAUUAGAGCCUCUGCGUUCGGAGAAGAAAGCAAUGUGGCGACGAGAGAUGGAGUGGCUUCUUUCGGUUAGUGAUCAUAUCGUUGAAUUAACUCCGAAUUGGCAGACAUUUCCUGAUGGAAGCAAGCUUGAGGUCAUGACUUGUCGACCACGCUCGGAUCUGUAUGUCAAUCUGCCAGCUCUGCGCAAAUUAGAUAACAUGCUUCUUGAAAUUCAAGAUAGUUUUGUUGAUACCGAGUUUUGGUACGUCGAUCAAGGUGUUAUAGCUCCAGAUGCGGGUAAUAGUCCGUCCUCGUUUAGGCAAGCGCUUCAGCGACAAGAAGAGAAAUGGUGGCUUCCGGUUCCUCGAGUCCCGUCUUGUGGACUACACGAGAAUUCGAGAAAGCAAUUGCAGCACAAGCGCGAUUGCACGAGCCAAAUACUAAAAGCUGCCAUGGCUAUUAACAGUAUUACUUUAGCGGAAAUGGACAUUCCCGAGUCUUAUUUAGAGUCUCUUCCAAAGAAUGCUAGAAUCAGUUUGGGCGAUGUUAUUCAUCGAUAUAUCACGUCGGAUCAUUUUUCUCCCGAGUGUUUGCUAGCUUGCCUUGAUUUAUCUUCUGAACAUCAAGCUAUAGAGAUCGCAAAUCGAGCAGAAGCUACCAUGUAUAUAUGGCGUAAAAAGACAAAUUCAAAGCCUGCUAGUGUCAGCGGAAGAUCAAGUUCAAGAACAUCAUGGGAAAUGGUCAAGGAUCUAAUGGUCGAUGCAGACAAAAGGGAGUUGUUCGCAGAUAGAGCGGAAACGCUACUUCUUUCCUUGAAGCAGCGUUUUCCCGGUCUCCCUCAAACGGCUUUGGAUAUGAGCAAAAUCCAAUACAACAAGGAUGUCGGAAAAGCCAUUCUCGAGAGCUACUCUCGAGUCCUCGAGAGUUUAGCAUUUAACAUGGUGUCGCGAAUCGACGACGUUCUCUACGUAGACGACUUAACAAAAAACUCUGAUCAAUUCUCAUCUCACUCCAAAGUCGGUGUAAUUACUCGCAAGAGUAUUUCACUUCCAUACUCGGCGCCUGUCCCAACGACUCCAUACAAAUCAGCUUUCGGAACGCCGACACGCUCUCCUGCGCACGCGAUUAGUCCUUCAAAGGGAGGAAAGUCUCCAGUCAUCAAUAAUGGGAGCAAAACUCCUCAGAGAGGUGUAGGAGUGAAGAAAUCUUUGACUGAUUUUCUUAGCAUUGAUGCAAAAGGUAGUAGUUCAAAUGAGAAACCAGUUUCAGAAUCAAAAACAGUUGAUGAAGUGCCAGCAUUUGAUUCCAGUGAUGUUAAAUAGCCUAAGCUUUUUUCAAGUGUUUUCUUUUUUGUUCUUGUUAUGUAUAUGAAUGAAAUAUGUAGAAGGAUUCAUUUUUAUUUAAAAUGAUUAGUAUUUUAUUUUU